GGAAGCGCAGUUCAAGGAGAAGGAAAGAUGGCGAAUCUCGUGGAAGCGACGAGCAAACAGCAGUUCGAAGAGUUCCUAUCCAAAGCUGGAAAGAACCUGACCGUGGUGCACUUCCAGGCGGAAUGGGCUCCUCAGUGCGGACAGAUGAACGAGGUGAUGGCCGAGCUGGCCAAAGAGCACGCGCACUCCACGUUCGUCAAGCUGGAAGCAGAGUCGGUCCCGGAGGUGUCGGAGAAGUAUGAAGUCACCUCGGUGCCAACUUUCCUUUUCUUCAAGGCGGGAGAGAAGGUGGACCGCCUGGACGGGGCGCACGCCGCGGAGCUGACCAAGAAGGUCCAGCGCCUGGCGGCGUCCAGGAGUCCGGAGGUCGGAGGAGCCGCGGGGGGAGCGGAGCUGAAGCAGCGGCUGAAGAAGCUGAUCAACGCGGGGCCCUGCAUGCUGUUCAUGAAGGGCUCCCCGCAGGAGCCCCGCUGCGGCUUCAGCCGGCAGAUCGUGGCGCUGCUCAAGGAGCGCAACAUCCACUUCAGCAGCUUCGACAUCCUGUCCGAUGAUGAGGUCCGGCAGGGCCUGAAGACCUACUCCAACUGGCCCACGUACCCCCAGUUGUACGUUAACGGGGAGCUGGUGGGCGGACUGGACAUCGUGAAGGAGAUGGCCGAGUCCGGGGAGCUGGAGAACACCUGCCCCAAGGCCGAGACCCUGGAGCACCGCCUGAAGAGCAUCAUCAGCCGGAGUCCAGUCAUGCUGUUCAUGAAGGGCAACAAGGAGGCCGCCAAGUGCGGCUUCAGCAGGCAGAUCCUGGAGGUCCUGAACGGGACUGGACUGGACUAUGACACCUUUGACAUCCUGCAGGAUGAGGAGGUGCGCCAGGGCCUGAAGACCUACUCCAACUGGCCCACGUACCCCCAGCUGUACGUGAACGGGGAGCUGAUCGGGGGCCUGGACAUCGUGAAAGAGCUGAAGGAGAGCGGGGAGCUGGAGUCGGUGCUGAAGGGGGGGUCCUAGGAGGAGAUGAGUCUCCAUCAGGGAGGAGAACCUGUCCCCUUCCAGACUGGGGCCCUGCGGGAACAACAAACAACCUGUCCAGUUCUGUUCAGCUCCAACUUUACAACUUUACAUUAAAUGUCUAACAGGAAGUCCCUGGGUGUUUGCAUUUAGCCUUUCUUUGAUCCUGGAGAGUAAUUCAUUAAAAUCAAAACUUUAGCUUCUAUUUGCUGCUUCCUGCAUCCCUCCUUUCUGUUUCUCACUCAGGGUUCGUUUAAUGAACUGAAUAAUAAACAAAUUA